CCCACCGAGGAAAUUAACAGGACAAUGCCCAAAAAGGCCAGAAAGAAAAAGAGGUUGUCUUCAUCCUCAAGUGAGGAGAAUGAGAAGGCAACCCGGUGGGGAGAGUUCACCAAGUACAAAAGUACUAAGAGGGAGGGAUUUAACAGCAGUUAUGGCAGCAACACAAAGAAACAGAAAGAUUGUGGUCCUCAAAUUAGAGAGGGUUCCCAGGACGUCCGUCAGAUUAAAAAGGCUACCUACGGACUGGCAAAAUCAAACAACAGCUCUGAUGAAAAGGAAGUGGCAUCUGUAACGACACAACAUAUGUUCAGGCCUCGCCAUGGAAGCAGCUGUUCUACUCAGGCAAAAAACUGUACUUUAGGGAAAGGUAUUGUUACUAAUGCCAGUGACAAAGUAGUAGGAGCACCAUUAGAACCCUUCCACAUUUACAGUCCAGAUACAGCCCUUCAAAGAGGGGAGAAAACCUUCCAGUGUGACUUGCAGAAUGAGUCCCAGAAGACCGCCACCAGAUUAGUCAAGCAUUCGACGAGCUCUAGUUCUGCAACAGUUAAAAUGCAGGAACCCAGAAAAACACUUGUCAAGAGGAGCUCCAAACGAGAGGUGUCACCCAAAUCUGGAAAAGAGAGCAAAAAUACAAACAUCAGGAAACAAAGAGAGAUCACCUCACCGGCCGUGAAACUGAGGUUAAAUAGUAUUGAGAUGAUUAAGAGGAAGUGCCAGGCACGUAGAAGAGAGGACUUGAAAACCAUGAAUAAUUUGUGUGUGGGAGCCAAAAACUCCUCAGUGUCGUCCUCCAGUAAAACCAAAACGCAGUCUUACACCCCAACCGAAUGCAUUAUCUCAAAUAGCAAUGCCCCAAAACAACGGAACGUCCCAUCAGUGUCACAUGUGACAGACAAGUCAGCAUGCACUCCACCACUGAUGUCCCCCAACACUCCAGCUCCGCAUCCCAAUGUUAGGAUACCAAAAAAGGCUCAACCUCUGCUGGUUAGUAGAGCACGUUGGAUGGAUAAAAAAGACAGUAUCUCUACAAAGACCAGAAAUAACACAAGUGGAACUGAGCCUUCAGGAUUUGAGACAUCAUUAAAAAAUGCCAAACAGACUAAGGUGGUUGAAGAGCUUCACCAGGCCCGCUCUGAAAAUAUACUGAAGCUGAAAGUAUCAGAGAGCUAUGGAGAACUCACUUGUAUGGAAAUAGACCCACCAGAAGAAUGGAUUUAUUCUGGUGAAAAGCCCUGUCAGCAAGAUCUCAUCAUCGUACUGGACACCAACAUCCUUCUCAGUCAUCUGGACUUUGUCAAAACAAUAACAUCUCAUGGGCUUGGAGCACGGGGCUUCCCUGUGGCUCUGAUUCCCUGGGUGGUUCUUCAGGAGCUGGAUUCCCUGAAGAAUAAGAGGAGACUGGCAAGUUCUAUGACCCACUUGGCCUUUCCUGCUGUCAACUAUAUUUAUAACUGUCUGAAGAGCCAGGAGCCACACCUCUGGGGACAGUCCAUGCAGCAGGCGACACAGAUCAGCCACGAGCUGAAUGCUGAGAAUAAUGAUGACAGAGUGUUGCAGUGCUGCCUGCAGUACCAGAUUCUUUAUCCAAAGAGCACUCUCAUCUUGUGCACCAAUGAUAAGAACCUUUGCAGCAAGGCCUUUCUGAGUGGAGUAAAGGCCUUCAGCCAGGCUGACUUGCUGGAGAAGUUUGGGAGAAACAACACUGGCCUUCUCUGUCCAACCUACAUGGAGCUCCCAGCACCUAAGCCAGACCAGAGCUGCCCCCAACCCCAGACCCAGGGCUAUCAGAGAAUUAGUUUCUAUAAGUCAGAUGUGGAGAAAGGUAACAAGCAGAGGAUUGGAUGGAUGGUGGAAGAAGAGAGGAGCAGGGAGCUUGGUAGAGGUGUGGCGUUAAUGGAAAACUGUCUGAGGGAGGUGCUGUCUGAGAUCCUGAAGGUGGAGAUGAAGGCCAUUUACGAUGACCUCUGGGAAGAGAUAGUUUAUCUAAAACCACCCUGGACUCUGCCUAAUGUCCUUCAGUGUUUCAAAAAGCACUGGAUUGCUGUAUUUGGGACCAUCAUCCCACGGAGUGAGAUAAAAGCAGUGACAACUCUCAUUGACUUCUUCACCUCAGGUAAAAGAGUUGAGUAUAUUACUACAUUACAGGCUCUCAGUACAGCCAAGGAGCUACUACGGGUGUUUGAGAGGAGGUCAAACUACAGUCAGCUUGUCCCAGCUGCCAUCUCCUCAUUGGAUGAGAUUACACAUUCACUACAAAGUCAGCCAGAGAAAACUGAGAAGUGUUAUCCUGACCACAAAGCAGCAAUAUCGGGUCAGGGGUCGAAACAAGCCCCAUGCACUCAGGCCUUGCAUCAGGAAGUGUGGGCACUUCUGGAGAAUAUUUGGCAGAAAGUGUAUCAUAUGAGCUUGGCCGUGUUUACAGCUCUGAACUUUGACCCCGGUCAGAUGCAGUGUACUCAACCAGAGGGCAUACCACUACCUCAGGAUGCCUUGGCUUAUUUGUACAAACUGUCCCCCACGGUCACGCAGCUGCUCCAGGCGCUCAACAGCCUCCAGUCGCCAGAUGCCGGAGCAAGAGAAACCCAGGUACUGCUCAGCCUCAUCCACUCCAAUAAGAUUUUUGAGAUAGAAACCAAGUUAAAGGUUGAAGAUCUCCUCAACUGUUUUUCACAACAAGAGUACAGGGAGAAGCUGAGAGUGGGAGGGGGCCAGCUGACAGAGCUCAAAGCAGGCCUGGAUCGCUGUCUUGAUGAAAUGAGCCGACGCUCUGCUCGCUGCAACUGGCAGGGACUGGACCAGAAUCAAGGAAGUUUAAACCACACCAACCAACCAUAAGCCUUGAAAAAGUUGGCCUGUUUUACUUGAAGUCGAAACUGCUAGAUACAGAGCUUGCUGUAUUGUUUUUCAAAUUUUAUUUUUAUUGUAUAAAAGUGUUUCUUUGCAUAAAGACAUUGUCCUUCUGAUUCUUUGUUAAGUGGUUUUGGGGGUUCUUCAUUCUUCAGAACAGUAGUGGUUAAUUUCUUUAUGUCCUUCUGUUUAUUGACAGAGGUCUGUUUUGUGUGUUAGGUGUUUCCCACUCUAUCUCCAUCUCACCGUCAGGGGAACCUCCUUAGUUUCUCAUAUACAAUACCCUCCCUUGUUUUGUAUGGCAGGUGACAAAAUAAGCUACCUGGGUUUUUCUGCUGUUUCAGGACCUUAUAACUAUCAUAUGUUACCAGUAUAAUGUGGGAUAAUGUGCUUGCUUAAAACACGAGGCGGUUUUACUGUCACCCAGUAACCUCUGCUCUUCAUCAGCUACUCCACUAUGACGACGUGUUACUGACAUCCAGCCAAUAGUGGAGCAAAACAACUUCUUCCCUUAUCCUCACCAGUUAGUGAGAGACAAGUGAAACUGAGGUGACCUAACCCAGCUCCUGUCUCCUCAUUGCAGUGUGCUGCUCAUAAGGUUUGUGAUCCUGGUUUACAGGCCAAAUAGGCCCUGAAAUGCUUUGAUGGUCAUUUUCUAUCUCAGAACAUUUUUGUUGUACCUUUUCAUGUUUGACCAACAUGUUGAUUUUUGGGUGUU